GUGUUGUUUUCCGGUCGACUCGCAGUCGCUCGCUCACGCACGCGGGGCAGGACUUCCGACGCUUUCAAACGCUUCCAAUUUGUUUUGUUGUCGUCAACUGACCGUCAAAAACAAGGGAGCGGAGCCAACGAGGGAAAGCUAUUUCUCCACCCGCACACCAUGGGCGACGCGGACAGCGGAGAGCUCGGCGUUCCGACGACGCAGAAGCCGUCGAAGAAGCCACCGCGCUCGACGGCGCCCGUUGUGGUGCCCAAGAACGCGUACGACGUGCAGCGGCUGAAGCUCGAGCGACUCAUGGAGCACCCUGAGCGUCCCAUAAUCAUCCCGGAGCCCGCAAGGCCGCGGGCGCCGCACGAGGCACCCGAGUUCGUGCGCAACGUGAUGGGCUCGAGCGCGGGCGCCGGCUCAGGCGAGUUUCACGUUUACCGUCACCUGCGUCGCAAGGAAUACGCGCGCCAGAAGUACAUCGAUCAACGCGCCCACGAGGACCAGCUCGACGUGGACUUCCGCGAACGCGUCGAGCGCAACCGCCGCGAAGCCGAGGCGCGAACGGCCAAGAAACGGGCCAAGCGGCAGCGCAGGAAGCAGAAGCUCAAGGAGCGCCGGACCUCGGGCAAGGCAUCCGCCGGCAGCGGUGGGCAGGAGGGCGAAGACGACAGUUCCGAAGAAGACGAGGAAGAUGAUGAUGCAACGAAAAGGUCAGAGGCAGCAUUAGGCGAGCCGUGUUUUCAGGCAACAACAACAGACGCAACGCUCUCAACUGCUGAGCCGACGGAAAGCUCAGUUUGCGACCACGACGAAGUGACUCGGACGACGGGCAAAGAGUCUGCUGGCAGCGGUGAGCAAGCCGGCAAAAACGACAGUUCCUCUGACGAGGAGGAGGAAAGUGCCCAGACGUUGAAGGCGGCCACAACGACACUUCCAACUGCAGAGCCUACGGAAAACGCCGCAGCAGCAGCGGAUGACCCCGGGCGCGAAGGCAGCGACGAGGCGACACCCGACAAAGACGAGUGCGCAGCGACAAUUGCACCUGCUCCCGGCGAUGCCGACCAAAAGGUGGACUAAGUGCCAGCAUUAAAUCUGCACUCGGGCAGCAACUGGCUCUUCGUCGAACCAGGUCACCCAGCAGAGACCUAAAAUAAGAGUCAUCCCAAAGCCAAGGCUUCGGGUCCACUCCGGAUAAAGAACUUGUGACAUACAACGGUGACUGCAUCAGAGUUCUUCCAAAAAGUUGGUCUUCAGUGCCACACACUCUCUCGUGUAACGUUUUGCAAGUGUGAGUGGUGUCUUUUUUUUUUUUUAAGUUGUGUGCAUAACGAACACAUGUCCCACGAAAUGCAUUGUUUUGCUAUAAAGUUGAAGUAGCUGUUGCAACCAAG